UCAGCUAGAAAUGGUGUUUCGAAAAGCUAGCAGGCUAGUGACGUGUUAGCUAACUGUCUGUCAUACAGACAUUUCAAAGUAUCUGGUCAGGCCGCAGUCACUAGUUAGCUUGCUACUCGCUGAAUAAUGUUUGGAAUUGCAUUUAUGGGGCUAUAUUUCGGUAAACAGUAAGCGCACCAACAGAAAUAGCUAGCUAACUUAGAUAGCUUGCUUGCCAGCUCGAGACAUAGCGAGCUAUUAUUUUUGUUGAUAUUCCAGCCAUCCAAGGUCUACUUUGGUUUGUCCUCAUCUGGAGAGUGGAAAUGCAUUCAAGCCGUUGAUUCGGAUGCUCCUUUUAUUCUUAUCACACGAUGGCGUCACGAGAAUUCGUUCUAUUUGAAUUCAUAAAGAAGACCAUCACCAUCAAGGUUUCCUGUGCCAAAUGAACGGAGCAGCAUUCCCCUCUCCUACUGCAGAGAUGGCGGAGAUUAACCGCAUCCACUACGAGCUGGAGUACACAGAGGGCAUCAGCCAACGCAUGAGGAUUCCAGAGAUGCUCAAAAUGGGCCCCUACGGUCAUGACAACCCAGAGGCAGGCUCACGUGACCUGCAGAACGUCAUGAUGCAGGUCCCAGAGAGGAUCGUAAUGUCCGGAGAUAGUGAGGACUCCCAGUUCCCGAGACCCAGAGACCUGGACCUGAUCCAGUCCACCCCGCUAGAGAGCCUGUCCCUGAAGACCCCUCCUCGGGUCCUCACCCUCAAUGAGCGGCCGCUGGACUUCAUGGAAAUGGAGCGCAGUGCAGCCCCAGCUCAGCCCAGUGAGGAGGUGCGUUCGCAAGGGCGGUUGCGGCGGGAACGUUCAGCCAGCGAGAACACCACUGUCCGUCGCAAUAGCCAGAUUGCCAGAAACGAUUCAACUGUGACCCCGUCCCUCCCAGUCCCUCUCCGUGCCUGCCCCCCUCUCGCCAUGGCCGAAGAUGAACAGAACCUGUACAGUGCUAGCGGCGUUCUCUCUUUCAUCCAGUCCACCACGCGCCGGGCCUACCAGCAGGUCUUGGAGGUUCUGGACGAGAACCACCGCAGCAAGCCAUCGCUGCGAGGGGGGUCUGCCUUGACCUCUAACCCUCUGCAUGAAUCCAGGCUUGCCCUGGCCACUCUAGACACUACUCUGGAUGUCUCCAUGGCUCCUGAUGACAUGGCUGUCGUAGAUGCAGCAACACUUCGACGGCAGAUCAUUAAGCUGAACCGGAGGCUCCAGCUCAUAGAAGAGGAGAACAAGGAGAGGGCCAAGCGUGAGAUGAUCAUGUACUCCGUCACCGUAGCCUUCUGGCUUAUCAACAGCUGGGUUUGGUUCCGCCGCUAGAACCCUUUCCUCGGAUCCACUGUCAGAGAGUGGAGAACAAAGCCUCUCCUCUUCUGUGUCAAAUGUUAGCAAAAUGUACUCUCUGCACUUAGUCCCAUCGCUGGAUGGCCUUGUUAUUGGGCAAUGGGAUGUUUGUUUUUAUUUUAUUGUAACCAUGUACUUGUAAUUUUUUUUUACAAUGCUAUAUAAUUGUUUUGUUUUUUUUGGCUUAAGAAGCAACGCUUGACUUGGCUGUAAAUAUUUCUUAAUGUUACUCAGUUGUAAUCAUUGCCCCCGAGGCAUUUCCAACAGAUAAGAGGUCUAAAGAAAAGGAAAAAGUAAGCCACAGUGGAGACAAAUCGAAAUGGGCUACAUAUGUUAAAUAUUUAUUUGGGACUGGAGUGAUGUGAAAAUGUUGUCAAGUACUACUGUUAAAUUGUAAGAUAAUACAUCAUGUUACAUUUUCUCAUGGGUUUAAUUGAUGUAUAAUACUGAAAGGAAACAGUCACACUAUUGCUAUUACACCAUUUUGAUUCAUUAUGUAUGGCCCAUAUCCACCAAUAGCAUGAUAUGCUAUUUCUCAUAUUUUAUCUUCAGUUCCUACCUUUUUUUUACCAAGAACUCGCUGGCUGGAGCACAAUGUUUCCAAAUUGGUUGUAGUUUUCAGUCAUAAUGUGCCAGUAUAUUAUGCUGAGAUUCAUACAAUUUUACUUGAAUAAAUGACAAAAUAGUAAAUUCUGA